AUGGAAGUUCUUGAAAGGUUUCUGUUCGUUCUUCUAUUGUUCAUAGCUUUGGAAAUAUCAGAAUGUGGUGUUAUUGGCGGAGGUGGAAGAAGACAACCGUCAGAGUAUUGGAAGUACGGCGGAGCAGCAGUGGCAGAUUAUCAGACGAUCACUGUGGACCAGUCUGGCCGGGGAAACUACACCACCAUUCAGUCAGCCAUUGAUGCUGUUCCUUCUGAUAACAUGCAGUGGAUUUGUGUUUAUGUGAAGACUGGCACAUACAAUGAACAAAUUAAAAUCCCUAACGAUAAACCCAAGAUUUAUCUAAAAGGAGAUGGUAAAAGAAAAACCUUCGUUGUAUGGAGCUCCCAUGACUCCAUUGAAACCGAUGCCACUUUUACUUCUGAAGCGGAUGAGAUCGUCGUUAAGAGCAUAACGUUCAUCAAUUCUUACAAUUACCCUUUGGGAAGCAACGGCAACCCAAUAGUUCCGGCACUGGCGGCUAAAAUCUCCGGCGACAAAUCGGCAUUUUACCGAUGUGGUUUUAUGGGUGUUCAAGACACAUUGUGGGAUGUUUCCGGUAGACAUUACUACAAAUUAUGUUCCAUACGUGGUGCAGUUGACUUCAUCAUGGGCUCCGGUCAGUCUAUAUACGAGAGGUGUACACUGUCGGUGAUUGCGGGGUUCUUAAGUCCUCAACCAGGGUUUAUCACCGCCCAAUCAAGAGAAGAUGCAAGUGAGACCAACGGCUUCGUCUUCAAAGACUGCAAUGUGGUCGGAAAUGGCACGGCGUACUUGGGAAGGCCAUGGCGAGGCUUUGCUCGAGUUCUUUUCUACAACUCCACGCUCUCAGACAUCGUUGUUCCCCAAGGGUGGUUAUCCGUCGACUUUCUUGGCGCUACAGUGAAUGAUUUGGUGUUUGCGGAGGAGGAAUGUCGGGGAGGAGGAGCGGAUAUGUCGGGAAGAGCAGGGUGGGAGAGGCGGCUGAGCAAGGAGGAGGUUUCCAGGUUGACAAGCAUAUCUUAUAUUGAUCAAGAAGGUUGGAUUAGGAAUCUAGCUUUUAAUAUGUUGACUUCAUGA